CAAGUGUCUACCGAAACAAAGACAAGAUUCCAUGUCUCAUAAUAAUUGCAAAUCAUUUCAUAUGUAAUAAUUAAAUCGUCAGUCAUGUUUGUCUAAUUUUCUUUUUCCUUAAAUUUUGUGUAAUCAUUUUUAGUAGGUGAUUGUGAAAAUUUUCUAAAUAAACUAUAUUCGUAUCAAAUAAUUUAUAUUUGGAUUGUUAGAAUUAAUAAUUUUCGUAUUCUGUUAUAGUAUGAUUUGGGUGAGAUCCGAAUCAACAUAGGCCCAACUGUUUGGUUUGGAGAUGGUUAAGAGUCCGAAGGCGCCGGCAUUCGGAUCUCCCCUCUCCCCUAUAAAUACACACCCCAAAUUAAGUUUGUGUUUGCCACUUUCAACUUCCAAUUCCUCUCUUCUCACAAAAAGAAAAAUCAAUCAAAUGGCGGCUUACGCCCCUCGCAGAUCAAGCGGACCGGUCCUCGGAUCUACCUCCCAUCCCGCCCGCCGCUACUCCGCCCACGCGCCACCGUCCGCCUCCUUCGCCUCUGCUACCUCCUCCGCCUUCGCCGCACAACGCUCACUACACAGGCCUUCCUCCCCCACCCGCCUAAACCGCUCUUCCCCCUCGCUCAGCUUCUCGCUGGACCGGUCCGGUUCGCAGAGCCGCUCCAUCUCCAUGACCACCCGAGUCGAUAACAAACCGGCCGCCGGUCAGAAGCGGACGUGUAUGUGCUCGCCGACGAACCACCCCGGUUCGUUCAGGUGCGGCCUGCACAAAUCGGUUACAAGUAAACCCCAAACGGCGCCGUGUGGGAGCUCCGGCAGGCUGAAUAUGAGGCGCUCCGCCAUGAAGAACUCUCUGGUGCGGAUUGGCGUGGAGGGGGAGUGGGUUAGGAGAGCGUUGGCUGCUUUGAUUCGGCCUUCGUCUCAUCAGCAGCGCCGCCGCGGCGAGUUCCGCCGACGCCUGAGCCGGUUCUCCGUCGUCUAGGGUUGAGCGUGGAGAAUAAGGCCACGUCAGCCUGAUCGGUGCCGGACAUUUUUUUGGUAGUCCGGUGGCCGGAAAUCCCGAUAUUCUGUCUCGUGUGUAUAGUUGAAGCUCUUGAUUUUUUAUUUUAUUUUGGGUGAAAUUAUAUAAGAAUUAAAUUCUACUGCUACAAAUGUAAUCGAAGUAUUAAAUUUCUAAUCAAAUGAUGAGCAAGUGUCCCAGUUUGUUCUAUCAA